AGGUGAGUACUUGUGUAUGUGUGUGCACGGGCACUUGCGCACACAUUUUUCAAGGACAAAUGGCACAAUUGCCUUCUUAGCAUAUUAAUGCAUUGUAUGUACCAGAAAACUUUCCCCCCAAGUUCCAGGACUACAAUUUAUGGAUGGAUUCUUACAGAGUCCCCUGUUUUAUUGUUAUGCAGGUUAAGCCUGGUUCAACUUGUGCCAUCUUCAGUUUGGGAGGAAUGGGCCUCUCCGUUGUUGUUGGCUGUAAAGCAGCUGGUGCUUCCCAGAUCAUUGGGAUCGACAUCAAAAAGGCUAAAGAGUUAGGAGCCACCGAGUGGAUCAACCCUCAGGACUUCAAGAAACCUUUUCAGGAGGUGCUGUUUGAGAUGACCAGCCAUGGUGUGGACCAGGGAUCUCUCAGGAUGUACAACUGUCACACUGUGCUUCAGGAUGAGACAAGGAAUCUCACCAUUACGUAUUCAAAAUGUGUUUGUUCAAUUGUGCAUUGUGUACAGGGUUUUUUGUUUGUUUUUCCAGGUUGGAAGACCAAGGAUUCUAUCCCAAAAUCAGUAUCUAGUUAUAUGGAGAAGAAAUGUAAUCCAGAUAUGCUAAUGACCCACACAUUACCAUUUGACAAAAUAAAUGAAGGGUUUGAAUUGUUACGUUUAGCAAAGAGAAUUCUUGCUACCGACACCAGCAGCACCAGUGUUUCCAUACCAUUUCGAGCAAAAUGA